CAGCGCAUCCUGUCCAGUAGGUGGCAGAAGAGUACCGUAUAAAUUUGUUUGCCAAUCGUUAUUAAAACAGAAGAAGGGUAAUUGCAUGGUGAGCACCUGCUCCCAGGUUUGUAUGUUCAUAAAAAGAUCUGAAGAUCUGUUCUUGCAUUAUUACUAUUAGCAUGGCUCCACGAAGAACUAGAAAAGUCAGUCAGGAUUCUGAAGGUCAGCCUGAUUAUGACCAGAAGAUUAGACUCACCAAAAGAAAGGAGCUGUUCAUACAACAGUUUGAGAAGGAAGCUCAGGACCGGAUUAAUGAAAUGGAGGCCAAUCUGAACAAAUUACUGGCAACUGUGGACCGAGUUUUCAAAAUAGAGCUGAUGAAAAUGCCGCACUCGCUCCACACCACGCUGAUAAAAGACCUAAUGAAUGAUGAUGACACGUCUGUGGGCGAGGUCACAAUGGCACUGAAGAGUGCGUCUCCUGAAAUUCGGAAACCCCUAUCUCGAAAGCCAAGCAAAAAAGGUUUAAAUGCCACAGCAGGGCAUCAAAGUCCAUCGGGUCAAAUCAAGACCACUCUAGUGGAUGGUAUAAAGAAACCUGUGAAGAAGACCCUGCACAACAGUAACAGCACUGGAAGUCUGAGGUCUUUCUCAACUAUCAGUGCAAAAAGAACCCAAGGACGGGUUGUCAAACUCGGUGACCAAGCGUUUGGUUUAGGGGGUAAAUUUAGACAAGCAAGUCGCUCUGUUGGUGAUGAAAUGAUGGCUACAGCCACAAUAGUAACUUCCCAUGGAGAAACACUGCUACUUUCUGAGGACAAUAAAGAUGACAUCAGUGUUGAGUUGCUCGAUGAUGCGGCUGUAGAUCAGAUGCGAAAGAUCAAGGACCUAAUGGAUUAUCUUUGUAAAAAAAGUGGUGCUCAAUCAUGCUGAUGAGUUUUAAUCCGAUCAGUU